AUGGCACCCAUGUACCCGACCAAAGCACCGGAAACUAAUGAAGAUCAAACUACCAGUCGAAAGUUUAUUGAGUUUUUUCGGAAAUUAGAACCUGCUACCAAAGGAACUCUCAGAGUCUUCGAACGUGAAAAAGGCGAUUUUUACACUUGUUAUGGGGAUGACGCGCAUUAUGUUGCCACCAACUUUUAUCGUACAAACACAGUUCUACGUUACAUCGGUGGUCAAUCAGGUUCUUCAAAUGCAUUGGCAGCAUGUUCUCUUAACAAAAACGCCGCGAUCACAUUUUUAAGAGAAUGUUUAACUUCACGUCAAUUACGUAUUCAAAUCUAUCGAUCUGAAACACCUUCAAAGAAUUCGAUUUCUUGGUCACUUGCAUUACAAGCUUCACCUGGAAAUUUAGAACCAUUAACCGAUUUAUUAUUCUCGAAUACUGAUUUAUUAAGUUCACCUGUGAUUGCAAGUCUUUGGAUUAAAGGAAGUUCUACUACACAAGCUGGUCGUACAGUUGGUGUUGCAUUUGCUGAUAUGAGUAUACGUACGAUUGGAUUAAGUGAAUUUCCUGAAAAAGAUGAUGGAUGGGCCAACACUGAAAGUUUAGUGAUUCAAUUAGGAAUCAAAGAAGCAAUACUUCCUACUACUACUACUGGAAAAUCAGGUGAUACGGGUGAAUAUGGUCAGGUCAGGGAUAUGUUGGAAAGAUGUGGUGUAGUGGUCACUGAGCGUCCCAGGGCCGAGUUUAACAUCAAAAGCAUUGAACAAGAUGUGAAUCGACUACUGGAGGGUGAAAGACAACUUGCUGCUUUACCCCAGUUUGAUAUGAAGACAGCUUUAGCGGCCCUCAAUCCAUUGCUCAACUAUCUGUCCAUCUUGGAUGACCCUUCAAAUCACUCAACAUUUAAAUUUGUAACGCAUGACUUGGGACAGUAUAUGCGACUCGAUGCUUCAGCUGUCCGCGCUCUUCAUCUGUUUCCUAACCCCACAGGAAUAGGAGGAGGUGGAAAGAGUAUGAGUUUAUUUGGAAUGCUAAACCGAUGUAAGACGAGUCAAGGAACCCGAUUACUAGGACGUUGGCUAAAACAACCUCUGGUAAACCUUCAUGAGAUUGAACAACGACAAAUGCUAGUCAACAUUUUAUUUCACGAUGGACUUUUACGGCAACAACUUCAAGAAGAUCAUCUUAAAGCGAUGCCCGAUUUGACUCGAAUAUCAAAACGAUUCACACAAGGUGCAGCAAGUUUAGAAGACGUCGUUCGUGUUUAUCAAGCUAUUAUCAUUUUACCUGAUAUCCUCAAGGCGCUAGAAAAAGCUGAAGGACCUACCGAUACCGAUUGCGCCGCUGAAAAACGCUUGAUGAACGAAAUCUAUUGUGUACCUCUCGAGGAAUGUAUCACCGAUCUAGCUCAAUAUGUCGAGAUGGUGGAAACAACGGUCGAUUUGGAAGAAUUGAGUAAUCAUCGGUUUAUCAUCAAACCAGAAUUUGAUGAUGAAUUACGAGAAUUGAAAACAGGACUUGAACAAAAUCGAGAUCAAUUAGAUGAAGAGCAUAAUCGAGUAGCUGAUGAUCUUGGGAUGGGAAUGGAUAGUAAAACACUUCAUUUUGAAAAUCAUCAAGUUUAUGGUUACGUGUUUCGAUUAACUCGGAAGGAAUCCGGAGCGAUUCGUGCCAAAAAGAAUUAUAUCGAACUUAGCAAUCGGAAUAACGGAUGCCAUUUCACCACAAAAUUACUGAAAGAAUUAAACAAUGAUCUUAAAGAACUUACCCAAAAGUAUCAAAAAAAACAAAACUCUUUAGUUAAAGAGGUGGUCAAGAUAGCAGCUUCGUAUUGUCCAAUCUUGGAAAAAUUGAAUGAGAUUAUAGCACAUUUGGAUUUGAUCGUUAGCUUUGCUCAUGUUUCAUUACACGCACCAAUCACCUACACACGCCCCAAAGUAUUCCCACUUGGUGAGGGAGAUGUAAGUCUCAAAGAAUGUCGACACCCAUGUUUAGAGGUCCAAGAGGACAUCAACUUUAUACCUAACGAUACGAUCAUGGAAAGAAACCAAAGUUCAUUUCAUAUAAUCACAGGACCUAAUAUGGGAGGCAAAAGUACAUACAUUCGACAAAUUGGAGUCGUAGCACUUAUGGCUCAAUUAGGUUGUUAUGUACCUUGUUCAGAAGCUUCUUUACCUAUCUUUGAUUCAAUUCUUGCUAGAGUUGGUGCAGGUGAUAGUCAAACUAAAGGGAUUUCAACUUUUAUGGCUGAGAUGUUAGAGACUGCUGUGAUCCUUAAGUCGGCUACCAAGAAUUCUUUGAUUAUUAUAGAUGAGUUGGGUAGGGGUACAUCAACUUAUGAUGGAUUCGGAUUAGCAUGGGCAAUUUCAGAACAUAUUGCAGUCGAAAUCGGAGCCUUUACACUUUUUGCAACCCAUUUUCAUGAAUUAACAAGUUUAGAUCAACAAGUUGAACAUGUGAAAAAUUAUCAUGUAGUAGCACAUGUCGAAACUUCUAAAACUAAAGAAUCAAUUCAAGAAAUCACAUUACUUUAUAAAGUUGAAAAAGGGUUUAGUGAUCAAAGUUUUGGUAUUCAUGUGGCAGAAAUGUCAGAAUUUCCUGAAGAAGUUUUAAAACUUGCAAGAAGAAAAGCAGAAGAAUUAGAACAAUUUGAUAAGAAGACAGUAACGAAAGAAACAUCAAUAAAAGAAGAAGAAAUCGAAUCAGGUGUGAGAUUAAUUGAAUCGAUUUUAGAAAGAUGGACUCAUGAAGAUCAAAAGGAUGAAAUGGAACUUGAUGAAAUAAAUGAAAAAAUUAAAUAUGAAAAUGAAAUUAAAAAACUUGAAGAUUGUUUUAAAGAAAGUUUAAUUGAAUUAGAAAAUAAUCAAUGGAUCAAAGAAGUUUUAAUGAAUAGUUAUUGAUUUGAAAAAGAUUAUUGAUUUGCAGAAUGAGGUUUGACUUGAAAUGUUUUUUUUGUAUUAUAAUCGUGUUGCAGAUUUGUUUUAUUGUGAUGAAAGUAUUGAAAAAAAUGCAAGUGAAAUGAAAUUAAUGUAAAAGUUUUUUAGCAU